CGCGCACUCUGGAACCGACCCGUUCCCGUAGGACAUGCGCUCCUCGCUAGUCUCGGGAUAUACAGCGUGUUUUUUAUAGGACGUGAUGUGUAUAGCUACUAUGGUCUAUUGCCUCAGGAUAUGCGUGGUACAGGCUCGGCCAAUCCAAGUGUCUACCUCUUUGCAAGUCUGAUCCGAACCUGGAGAUGGAUCUGGGGUAUGGACGGCACGUCCUCCCUCCCUAUCCGCAAGUGGGUAGAGAGCAAUCGGGUUAGGGAACCGCUCUAUGGCCGUACAUACCUAGAUGAAGCGGCCAUUCCGGUUCGGAGAGCUCCGCGACCGAGGCUUCUUCAUCAGGGUGUGCCGCAUAGGCAAGUACCCCAGAUGUUGGACCACAAGCUCGAGCAGGAGCUCAAGACCAUAUUCAAAGAGUUUGGAAUCUCCCAUUCGCUCCGUAUCGGGGAAAUCGCCAUCGAGCCGAACGCUGUUGCCCUCUUCCUCCCCUCUACCCCACCCUCAAACAACGGGCAUGUCCACCCCGAAUUCCUCGUUCCCAUCACACACCUCGCAAACGCGCACGAGUUCGCGCACGUACAUGGAGGCGAGAGCUCCCUGCACCUGUUCCUGGCACCCUUGGAUGCGGCACUGGCGAUCGAGCGAGGAUGGGCGGUGAGGUUCCCCCUUGCCGGGUGUGUGGGGCCAUGGGGUCACGCUCGCGGGCGUGUGAUGGUUUAUGCACCGAGAGACGAGCAAGAGGUCAAAGUGAUUAUGCGCCUCGUCAAAGCCGGGUACGACUACUUGACCGAUGCGCCGAAGAACUGAAGUGGAGAAGGUCGGCCGGGGGGGAGGGUGGCACCGAAUAUGUUUCACACCCUACUUCGUGGUACUGUCAGCUUGCGGGACGAAAGCACCGAAUUUAAUCUUCUAUAACAGUGGAAAA